GCACGACGUCAACGCCUCAAUGCCCGAAGCGAAGCGUGGCGAUGGACCAAAAUCCCACGGUCUCGCGCGCGACAAAGUCGAGAUCUGGAGAGAAAACAUCAAGGACCUGCGCAACACGCCCGUUUUCCUGAUUGAAAAAUGGCCCUGCAUGUACUGCCACCACGAGAUUGAAAUCGGCGGCCUAAAAGACUGCGCGUGGUUCCGCUGCCAGCAGGAGGCGUGUGUGGGGCGCGGAAAACUCCAAGUGACGUGUUUCUGGGACGUCAAGGGCGAGCGCGAGUGGGUUGAUUAGGUGGGAUUGUGUCGGUGUGUGUGUGUGAAUGUCUCUCUUUUUUUUUCUGAUGGUUCCGUCUCGUCGAGUAGGUGGUGAUGGUGGUGGUGGUGCGGAUACUGUACAAGUAUUCGGCUUGUACUGGGAUUGGGAUGCAGCAAUCUGUCUCUUCACGAGUAACAGGAAAGAAAUAGUGAUAUCUUGAUUAACGCACCUUUGGAUAGGUUGGUCCGGGUCCCGCGUACCGUGGUUAUUGACGGUGAGUCAAGCACUUAAUCACUGUAGAUAGAAAGGCACUUGCUGAUUACCAUUUAUUU